GCAAAUUUUCACGGGCACAUUCGACUGACAUUCCGAAGGCGGCGCCAUCUUGAAAGCUCUGGACAUUCGGAAAGUUCUGCGCUGCUGGUCAAAACAAUGGCAUCGAACGAGGGCGGCUGCAAGAAAAAGCGACAGCGUAAGAAGAAAUCGGCUUCGGAAGUUGUCACAAGUGAGCAGGAAAGCCAGGAAACGGCAUUUGCAGAAGCACCUGGUCAAAAGAUGAGUAAUCCCAUCCUGGAAACCUAUCGGCCGGGCGUCAAUGACUCAGGAGCGAUGGUGAAGGAGAUACCCACGGAUGUGGUGAACAAGAAUCUCACUGAUGUUCUGGAUUCUGUCCACAUUAUUGACUCCCUUUGUGACUAUAAGACGUGCAAGCAGAAGACAUCGCUUAUGGGCCAGGAUUGUGACUACUGUAGGAAGAGAUUCUGCUUCAAGCACGGCCUACCGGAAGUGCACGGCUGCGGGGAAGCUAUCAAGAAGGAUGAGCGAAAGAAAUUCCUUCAUCCAGUGCCGGAAAAGACGCGCCGUGAGGCUGAAGAUCUUGCCAAGUUGCACGUGAAACUCAAGGAGAACCUCAAAGACAUGCAAAAGCAGAGGCUCGCGAAGCCGCCAAAGGACACAAAAGGAAAGUCCAAGAAGUCGUAGUUUCAUCCAUUUUUAUUUAAUUGUCGUCAGAUGAGUGUUCCUCUGAUGAUUCACUGUCUCCAUACUAAUAGCCGAAUAACUCAAUUCUCUUGUCCCUCAAGAAUCUGUACGUGUUUUGAGGAAGAACUGCUCGCUCUUAGAAGGAAAUCAUCUCCAGAUAGGGAAUUCGCGAUGAUUUUGUGAAUAAAUGUGUCUACUGACAAUCUUAAUGUACAGGCAA